AUGGAUCCCAGUUUCUGUGUUGAUUCUGCACAACAGUCAUGGAUCCUUUGCUGCCAUUGCGGCACUCCAAUCCAGCCAAACUCUGCUAAUAUGUGCAUUUCAUGUCUCAAAAGUCGAGUGGAUAUAACAGAGGGAAUAUCAAAGCAAAUUGCAAUACAAAAUUGCCGUUCUUGCGAGCGCUAUUUGCAUCCCCCCACUCAAUGGCUGGUUUGCCAGCCAGAAUCGAAGGAGCUAUUGUCGUUGUGUUUGAAGCGGCUAAAGCUAGGAUCUGGAUCGGCCUUAAAUAGCGUCCGUUUGGUUGAUGCGGGGUUUCUCUGGACAGAGCCUCAUUCUCGUCGUCUGAAAUUGAAGAUUACAGUUCAAAAGGAAGUUCUUGCGUCCACCGUUUUGCAGCAGACAUUUCCGGUCGAAGUGGUGAUAUGUAACCAACAAUGCAUUAACUGUGCAAAGGUUAUGGCAAAAAACAUGUGGAACACCAGCGUGCAAGUCAGACAAAAGGUCUCGCAUCAAAGGACCUUCCUCCAUUUGGAACAACUGAUCUUAAAAUGCAAAGCACAUUCCGACUGUGUAAAUAUUAAAAAGGUGCCGCAUGGGCUGGACUUUUUUUUCUCAUGCAGAACACAUGCGAUUAAGUUUAUCGAUUUCCUGGAAUCGGUGGCACCCGUAAAGACAAAGUCUUCCGAACAGCUUUUGUCUCAUGAUAUCCAUUCGGGCCAUUCGGCAUAUAAAUUUACCUUUUCCGUGGAGCUUCUUCCCAUUUGCAAAGGCGAUCUGAUUUGCCUACCCCCAGCCAUGGCGCGCCAGGCUGGAAUUUCAUCGACGCCGCUGGUUCUGAUCACAAAGGUUGGAAAGCUGUCCGUUGCAAUGGUUAAUCCAGCAACUUUGAAGAUAACGGAGCUACCUGCAGGUGAAUUUUGGCACCAUUCCAAGAAGAUUCAGCCGCUAUUUUCAUAUUCUGAUUUGAAGAAAUUUGUGGUUUUGGAUGCUACCCCUCUUUAUGAUCUUGCCCCGCCCCAGUCAGACCCCUCAUCGUUUCUUUUGGCCGACGUAGAAGUUGGCAAAGAAAGUGAUGGGUUUUCCACCACUAGCCUUAUCCGAACGCAUUUGGGAAGAAUCUUGGCUCCAGGUGAUCAUGUCCUUGGCUAUGACCUCAAUACUUCCAAUCCAAAUAACGACGAUUUUUCCAAUAUAGAAGACUCUCUGCCUCAGCUGAUAUAUUUGGUAAAGAAAUUCCAUCCACAAACAGCUUCAAGGCGAAAAAAUCGAUCCUGGAAGCUCAAACAUCUUAAAUCGGAAAUUAGGGAUGAGGGCUCUGAAGAAACAAGCUCAACCGCGUCCAUGAGCAUUGUAGCAUCCAAUACGAAGAAGCAAAAGAAAAAUUCUUCUAAGCAGCUAGUACAGAUGGAGCAAGAGGAAGAAGAUCUGGAAAUAUUUAUGCAAGAGAUUGAGGAAGACAGCGAGUUAAGAUCUCAAUUUAAUCUCUAUAAGGCAAGAGAUUCACGCUACGAACAUUUAGAAGAGGAAGGAGAACUCCAGGAUGCACAUGAAAUCGACAUUGCAGAUCUUUUGGACGAUCUUUCUAUUGCUUCUGAUGAGGAAUAA